GUCACACGAGUGCUGAUAUCGGACAGCCGUCUCGCGGAUUCGAACAAGACGUGGCAGGAAUGCUGGCGGAAAUGCUCCCUGAUCCACAUCACAGGGGGGGAGGUCCCGAUACAAGCCAUGAGGGACACCGUCUUGGCAUCCCUGAGGACAAUCUUGCAGCAGGAAAAGAGGUCCAGCGAGAAGAAGUGGAUCGUGAUGGUGAUGGCGGGCUUUUACAACAUCAUGCUCGGGAAUUGCUCCGCGGAAAGUGUUUUGAAAGACCUCUUGGCUCUGAGGGGGGACGUGUUGAAGAUCCUGCCUCCCGGAACGGUCGUGGUGUUGGGUACGGUCCCGGGGGUGUACAGGAAGCAGCUCGGCGGCCAAAAGAGAGCGAAAAUGUUCAAUCACGUGAACGACAUGAUCACGAAGAAGAACCAGCGCUUCAACAGGGACGUGGCGGUCAUUCUGUCCAACCACGGCAAGAAGAGAUUUUCCGAAGUCGUCGAAAGUGCCAGCGAGAUCACGAAAAUGGUCGAGGACAUCCACAAGUGCUUCCUUCUGUGCACUCAGUUGGUCACUCAUCCCGCGACUUCCGCCUCGACCAAAGAUUCCCCCGCUGGCGCCGCUCCGUCGGGAAAAGGAUCUUCAAGAGCAUCCGCGUCGGUUUCUGAAAAGACGGUCCCUCUGCCUGGGAGUCAUGCACAACCAAAAGAGACGGAGGAAACAGAUAAAAACAAUUUAUCAAAUGCAUCCGUGCUCUACGAGGACAGCAAUGUUGAAGUGGUAUAUGUGCCAAGUCAAGGAGGCGCCAGCACAGAAAAGGCGUCCUUCGUAUUGGCGUCGGAUAAUCGCCUGAGAAACGUCAGGCUCGCUUGGACUUCGGAGUUCCCUCUGGUCCACGUCCUCGGGAAGGAAAGGCCCGCGAGAGACCUGCAGGAGGGCUUCGCAACGGCGCUGACGAGGCUGCUAGUCGAAGAGAAUUUAUCGAGCGUCAGGAGACUGGUGGUCCUGGUGUCAGCCGGUUCCUACAGCAUCAUCAAAGGGUGUCAUGACCCCGACAGCAUCUUGGGAGAACUCUGGGAUCUGAGGGUGGCCAUAGAGCGGGUUCUGCCGCCUGGUGCCAUCACAGUCGUCAGCACUCUCCCUUGCACGUCAGGAAAGGGCCUGACGAAAAAGGCGCAGGCCAGAGCGAGCGAAAUGUUUACACAAGUGAACCAGCUGAUGACGGACUAUUAUCGCCAGCAAAUUCCCGCUCAAGCCGUCAAGGUUGUUUCAGCAUUCGGCACCAAAAGGGUCUCCAUUGUUUUGACGAAAGCGGAGGUUUCGAAGCUCACCCUCCCGCUCGAGACUUGCUUCAAGUACUUCUCCGAACCGGCACUGUGCUGUUUCUGCCUUGUCAAGUCGAGCAAGCUGUCGACGUCGUACACGAAGGGGAGUUUUUGUAUGGCGUGUGACAGGUGCCUCUUUGCACUCUCUGCACCCGAGUUGGCAGUUGCGAAGGACGGCGAGCAGCUGCAAGUCCCCAGCCAGCCGGAGCCUGAGGAGCACGAAGGGCAUGAGGAGGAGGACCUGGGCUGGCAGAAGAUCUUCCAGAUGAAAGCCUGCCUGAAGAAGAAGGAACCCUUCACCAUGGUCUCCCUGGCCGACGCCCUCGCUGGCCUCCUCGCCGUCGCCUACGACAAGGACUUAUUCGCUUUGCUGAAGAAGGUCCUGAAGGAGGAGGCGACGGGCGUGGGCGUCCUCUCGAGCUGCACCUACAACGACAUCGCUUUCCUGGGCAUCACGGGGGAGCGAGCGGUCAACCUGAACCUGAACCGCCACGUACCCGAAGACCAGGGGGAGGUCCUCGUAAGCGCCGCGGUCGUCAUCAGGGACUGUCUGCGGGCGCUCGUGUCUCAGGGCUAG